AUGACUGAAUUAGAAACUAUUUAUCUACAAGUUAAUGAAAAUGAACCAAAAAUUAAACUGACUUGCAUUCAUCAUUUCCACAAUAUUUUGAAAUUAACCAAAUACUUAAAUGCUUUACAAGAUAAGUACCAAUUAAUCUUACAAGUCGAGGAAACUGUCACUGACAAUUUAAAACUAUUUACAGAUGGUGUAAAAGCACCUUUCUAUAUUGUGGAAUUUAAUGAAUCUGAUGAUUCUUUCUACCUUUGGAAAUCUGAAGGGAAGUUCAUCAAAGAUUCAAUCAUUUCAAGUUUUUAUAAUACACAUCUUCGAACUACAAAGAGAAUUGAAAAUCCCUGGGAGACAAAUUUUAAGGAUGAUUCAAUUUACCAAACUCAUCCUUUCAAGGAAAAGAUUAAACUGGUAUUGAAUGAUUUGAAUGUUAAUUGGAAGUCAUUUGAUAAACAAAUUUUUUGGGAUAGAUUGGACAGAAUUAUUGAAAAAUGUCAUUCUGAUGGUAAUAUUUCAUUUAAGAGCUUGAUCUUAAUGGCUUUAUUAAAGACAAGAUUGAUUCAAAAUAAAAGUUUUUUGAAAAAUGAACUCUUAAACUAUCACACAAAGAUGAAAAGUCACAUUUCAUCUGAAGAAAGUAUUCUAUCUUCGGAUGAUGCUGACUAUUCAACAACUUCUUCAUCGGCUAAUUCCUUACUCUCUACGGAAGAAAGACAAAGAAAAUUCUCAGAUUCUGAUAUACAUAUCACUGAACCAAUGAACAAUCAAUUAAAGGAGAUUUUUAAUGAACAUUUCAAAUUAAUGGUCGAGAAUUACGAAUUUUUUGAAUUGAGAACGAAGAAUGGUAUCCCAAAGAGAACAAGAACUAGAGAACCUUUUAAAACAAAAUCGUGUUUCUAA